AUGGCUCCUAGCAAGAAAUCUUCCACCACUGCCGAAGUCGUCUUGGUGCCUCUGAAGACAUGUCUCGUCAAUCUACCGACUUCGGUUGUCUCUCUGCUAGUCAAUGCGAACGCAGCUGCACAGAAUGUCAUUGUGGAAUUACAGUACCGCUCGUCAAGCUCUCAAACCUCGGCUUCACGGUCAUCAUAUUUGGGAUGGACAGGAAUGCCCAGUAAGCGCAAAGUGGCGCCUAUGGUGAGCAGAGAUGGAAUAAGCGCUGGCUCUUCUGCCAGAGAGCAAGAAGUAGCAGUCGUUGAAAUCGAUUCGACAUUUGGCAGGGUUUUGGGAUUGAACGAGGGGCAGAAGGUUGGAUUGUUUCUUCAUCUCGACCCUCCAGUUGCGCAUACAAUUAAUAUUGAGCCAUCGACACCCGCAGAUUGGGAGAUCAUUGAACUACAUGCAUCGUUCCUUGAGUUGAAUUUGCUACAUCAGAUUCGUGCUUUACCGAAUCCGAACUACACAGGGGCUUCCUCGACCCCGGCAGACCACUUACACCCACUCACAUUGCAUCUGUCCCCUACUUCUACAGCCAAUAUUAUUGUCACUGCUCUUUCUCCUACUCCACCUGCGACCUCUCCUUUUGCCAAGAUUGCGCCUGAUGCCGAAGUCAUAGUAGCACCAAAGGUCCGCCCAAAAUCUGGCAAAGCAAACAGAGGUGAAAAUCGAAGCACGACAAGCAAUGGACGCAAAAGCGUAGGGGCGAGAAGCACGAGUAGCACAGUGAGGCCAAAGAGUAGGGAAGCUGAACCUGAUCAACCGGCAGUAUACCUUAGGGGCGUCGAUAGACAGUAUGCCGAAGAAUGGUUUGACGGAAACACUGAAAGUCAUGCCAAUAGUGGGUUUAAGAUCUGGGUAGAUCGAAACCUUCUUGCAACAAACAAACUUCGUGGGCAUGAGUGGGUAGUCGUUUCAAUUGUCCAACCGGCUGGGUUACAAGCUCCGUUGGAUCCCCAACAACAGCUGCAUCAAAAGGAACAAGAGUCAGCCGAAGUUGGGCGGCCAUCAGCCAAGCUUGUGGCAAAAGUCCUUCCUUGGGAUGACGCCCCGGACAGUCGCCACAUUGCUUUGUCGUCGAUGCUAUGCACAGCACUUAGUUCACCGGGAAUUGUAGGAGGUGUUGUGAAGGUCGAAGCUGCGCCGUCUCAGCUCGCCCGAUCUGCGGUCAAGUCGAUUAAAAUUUAUCCAUUUGCUUCGGACUUGACUAAGAAGAAAGAUGGCUUGAAAUUUGGCGGAGACACUGCUGCAUCCCGAAGCGCUUUGGCAGAGAGAAUCAAGAUCACUUAUGGUAGCCCUGGAGCGGAAUCUGGGUUUAUGUCUGGUCCUCUUACCGAUGGAAUGGUCCUUCCAGCAGCCGACAGUCAGUUUCCCGCCGCCGUUUUCGACGGUGCUAUUGUACGAUUUGACCCCCCAAUCAAAAGUUCUGAAUCUACAACGUCUCUUGGAUGGAUAUUAGGAUCAGAGAGCAAGCUCAGCAUUGAUGUUCAAGCUGAGGUACCCAGACCAGUUGAUAUAACACUUUCUGGCUUUCCCACGGACGAGCAGAUACCUUCCUCACGCCCAGAGAUGGUUGGAAUCGAUUCACUCAUUAACAAGAGCUUGACAAAUUUGUCACGCGCGUCGUCAAUACUUCUGACUGGCGGCCUUGGGUCCGGAAAGACAACACUAUGCCAUUUACUAGCUCACAGACUACGGGAAGAGUAUCUAUUCAACGUGACUUAUUUCUCCUGUCGGAAACUGGUAACGGAUGAAACACGUGUUUCAACCAUUAAGGAGACGCUUAGUCGAUUGUUCAUGUCGGCAUCCUGGUGCACACGCCUUGGUGGUCGAGCUCUUGUGAUUUUGGACGAUAUUGACAAAAUCUGUCCUGUAGAAACGGAGCUACAGGUUGGCGGGGAGAACGGCCGAAGUCGUCAAGUCAGUGAGCUAAUUUGUUCCAUCGUGCGCGAGCACUGUACAAUGACUUCUUCUGUGAUAUUACUCGCUACAGCUCAGUCAAAGGAAUCUUUGAACAACGUGGUUGUUGGUGGCCAUGUUGUGCGCGAAAUCACUAGCCUGAAGGCUCCCGACAAGGAAGGCCGGCGAAAAGUGUUGGAGAAACUUACAAGUCAAGACAAGGACCUGAAAAUGCUUAAUGGCCACUCCCGAAAUGAGAGUGGUCCGACUCAAGAAUCAUGGCUAGACCCCUCAAACCCUGGCAGCCGCCCCAGUUCUUCAGGUGCAGACGGUUUUAUCCUGUCAAGGGACUUAGAUUUCUUGGACUUGGCUGGCAAAACAGAUGGAUAUAUGCCUGGAGAUCUUGUUCUUUUAGUUUCUCGGGCGAGAAAUGAGGCUUUAAUUCGAUCUGUACACGAUUCCAGUACAGAAUCCACAAAAAUAACUUUAAUGACCGAUGAUUUCGACCGUGCUUUGAAGGGUUUUACACCAGCUUCGCUUCGAAACGUUACGUUGACAUCAUCUUCCACAACAUUCUCUUCAAUUGGUGGACUUCACAGUACUCGACAGACAUUAAUGGAGACCCUUCAGUAUCCCACGAAAUAUGCUCCCAUUUUCUCCCAGUGUCCUCUCCGACUACGGUCCGGGUUGUUGUUGUACGGAUUCCCUGGUUGUGGUAAGACACUACUCGCUAGCGCAGUAGCUGGCGAAUGUGGGUUGAACUUUAUCAGUGUUAAAGGCCCUGAGAUUCUCAACAAGUACAUUGGAGCAAGCGAAAAAAGUGUUCGUGACCUUUUUGAGCGUGCCGAAGCUGCUAGGCCGUGUAUUCUGUUCUUCGAUGAAUUCGACAGUAUCGCCCCUAAGCGUGGUCAUGAUUCGACUGGUGUCACUGAUCGUGUGGUCAACCAGCUGCUCACUCAGAUGGACGGCGCCGAGGGUCUUUCUGGGGUAUAUGUGUUGGCAGCUACUUCGAGACCAGAUCUCAUCGACCCAGCCCUGCUUCGUCCUGGUCGUCUGGACAAGAGCUUGCUUUGUGACAUGCCAUCCCACGAUGACCGCAUUGAUAUUAUUCAAGCAGUCAGUAAGAAACUGAAGUUAAGUGCAGAAGUUGAGUCUCGUGUAGGCGAAAUCGCAUCUCGAACAGGAGGUUAUUCUGGAGCAGAUAUCCAAGCAGUUGUAUAUAAUGCUCAUCUUGAAGCCAUUCAUGACCUCUUGGGUGACCGCGCCUCAACGACUGCAGCAUCGGCGACCAAAAAAUCCAGCGGGGCACAGGCAAUAAAUGGUUCAGACACAGCCAACAACAAAUCUUUCAUUCAAUUCCUUUACUCUAAUGAACAAGGAGAUGAUAGCUCUACCGUUCGCACGAAACUUCCGCCACCGGCCGUCGUGGCCGCAAAGCUGGAAGCUCUCAAGCAAGCCCGUCGGCGUCAACGCCAACUCGAGCAUGGAACUCAACAGGAUAGCGAAGCCCAUCAGCAGCAACAACAACAACCAAAUGGCACAUCAGCAGAAGACACUGGCGACGAAGUUAUCAUUGGAUGGCAACAUAUCGAGCGAUCGUUGGCAACGACUCGCAGUUCGCUUAGUGACCGAGAGCGUCGUCGGUUAGAAGCUAUCUACAGAGAAUUUGUAGUGGGGCGAAACGGCGAGAUGCCUGAUGGUGAGGGAGCGAGAGAGAUUGGCGGAAGGACUAGUCUGAUGUGA